UUAUGCAUGCUUUUGAUUCAAAUCUCUAUAUAUUAGAGUAACACAAAACCACCCAUUUCCGAAAAAAAGACCAAAACCUAAAGGAAAUACAUAACAAACAGAGAAACUCUAUUCUCAGAUUUUCACUUAGCCUCCAAUUUUUUCAUAUUAAAAACAUUCACUCAAUUUCCAUGCUUCUAAACCUAAAUACUACUGCAGUGUCUAUUAUAGCUGCAGUUUCUCUAUUGGUAUAUGUUUUCACAUAUAUUUUAUAUGUGCACAAAUUUUCAGUUCCCUUUAUUUAAAAACAUAACAGAGUAAGAAAACAAAAACAGAACCUGUUCUGUUUCAUUGCUCUUUUAUUAAGAAAAAAUGGGUACAAUCAAUUUACACAAACACAAAGCAGAGAAAUCCAACAAAGUUCAAAAACAUCGUCAUCUUAGAAUGAUUGCAAAAAAAUUUCGGUAUGCAGAGAUGUGUGUUGUGUUGAUUUUGAUUUCAAGGCUUUCAUUCCAACAACUACCAUUGGCUUUGAAGAACUCAAGCGAAUAUUUUCGAGGUUUCGCGGUUAGUCCUGCUUUUGUUUUUCUUGUUGGAAACAUUAUCAUCAUCACACUCAUUGCUCAAUCUGGUCACUUCUCACAACAUGAUUCUGCAAAAAGAAGUUCAGAACAUGAUCUUUAUCUCGAGUUUCUCAAGAAUAGCAACAUGUAUCAGAAAAUCCAAGGUUUUGAUCAGAAAAAACCCAGCGUAAAAGUUGAGAGCAACGUAAAGGGUUGUAGAAUAAACGAUGGAUGCAUGGUGAAAUUAUCUCAAAAAGAGAGUAUAAAGAGUGAAGAUGAUAACAAAAUGAAGUUGGAAGAGAAACAGGAGAUAGAAACAGAGAUGGGUUUGGAAGUGAAGGGAUAUAGGAGGUGUCAAUCGGAAAUUGAGUUGGUGAGGGGUGUGAAUAGUGAUGAUGCGAAGGAUCAAAGAGUGUUGCAAAGGUGUGAGAGUGAUAAUGAUAAGAGUAAGAGGAAAAACAUUGAAGUUGAUAAAGAGAAAAAAUGGAGUUUAUAUCCUGAAGAUGGAAUGAGCAGCGACGAAUUUCGUCGCACCGUGGAGGCAUUCAUUGCAAGACAACAGAAGCUACGAAUAAAUGAAGCACAAACCAUAUUUAUUCCUAGCUAAUAUGUGUCUUCUUCUGUUUAAUGAACAAACAACUAUGUGAAUAAAGAUUAGGGCAAGUGAGUAAAUAACAUUUGAGUCUAUUAAUCUAAUUUUGUUGGGUUUCUAGUUAGAAAACAUGGUGGUGUUUUCCAAUUUGGUUUUUAUGGUAGUGUUAUGUGCUUCACGCAGAAAUUUCGUGUCUCCUAAACACACUCUUAUUUGGUUGCCUCAAUGGAAAAUAAUUAGUUAGGUUGCCUCAAUGGGGAGAAGCUAAACACACUCUUAUUUAAUUAGUUAGGUUGCCUCAAUGUAGGAUUUGGACGCAAAGAAAAGGAAGGUUUUGGAGCCAGGCACGGAUCUAGUGUGGGGGCAAUGGGUCAAGCGACCCCACUUGCCUCCACAUGUGAAUUGUAUUUUUAACCCAAAAUUAGAUAUAUAUCUAGUUUGACCCCUCUUUAUAUAGUA